AUGUCCAAAAGUCAGCUGGACCAACUCUCCUGGGACGUGAAGGAUAACCAGGCUCAAGACCACCAGGGCGCAGACUGGACUGGAGGCCUCGAUGAGGCGAGAGACAAGUGCAUCGCGGACUAUCGCUGCGAGGUAGUCUGCUACCAUCCCAAAACUGGGAAGACUCAGUACUACCAGCACUUCGAGAAGGCGCUGAAGGAGGUGGAAAAAGGCAAGAAGGGCUGGAAGGAGGUCCUGCAGAAGGCGCCGAGCUGGCAGGAGGAUGGCUGGGUUUGCCUCAAGGUGUCCCCAGAGUGCCGGAGGCGCGCAGCGGAAAGGGCGCAGAAGAAGGAGGUGGAGGGGUUGAAGGAGACAACAGAUGCGUUGACCGAGUUCGGCUUGCUGCAGAAGUCGCUUCAUCGCCGGCCUCCCAUGCCGUUCCAGCCGCAAGGCGCCCUAUCCCACGACGCCUCCAAGUUCCUGGGAGAGCUGAACUUUCCCAUGGGCAAGCAGGCGAAGCAAUUCCGCGAAGAGUGCACAGACAUCGCAGCCCAGGUGAUCAAUGCCGACGAGGUGGAGGAUGUCGGCUUCUGCUCGGGGCGGAUCUGGGUCCACCGGCCGAUCAUUGACUCACAGGACCGCUGGCAAGAGUGCUGCAAGUCUUCCAAGGGCCUCAAGUGCACGGACCGCUUCGUGAUUCCGGCAGAUAGCUGCAAAGAUUGUCAGGGAGUGUGCCUUGACAAGGGAGGCAAGAAGGGCUACUGCCUGCGGAUGGGGGAGCCAGGAAGCUGGAAGGGCUCUGGGGGCAAAGUGGUGGAGCUCAUGUCUGCCCAGGCCGUGCCGGUUCUGGCAGCGGAGCCCUUAAGGCGCAGAAGACGAAGCUGGUCCUUCUUGUGA